UUAAGAUGUCUCAUGCUUUCAGCAAUUGGGAGGGACAACUUAAAAUUUCUAUUUGAAAUUGGCUUCCUAGAGGGCUAUUGAUAAUGCGGAAUAAAACAGCCUAUCAUAUCUUAUGUGAUGAGAAAGAAAAUGAAAGCGCCAUUCCAGUGUACAUUCAACUGACUCUGGGUGCGUUAGGAAACAUUCUGGCGGCUGUCAUACUGUGGUUGAGCCGCCGUGAACAUAAAUGGCAGUCCUUCUAUGUCCUGUUCUCUGGACUAGUAUUGACGGACCUGAUUCAUAACUGUGUAUGUUAUCCUGCUGUCCUUCGAAGAUAUAUUUCUCACUUUACUUGGUGUUUUCCGGAAGAACUUUGCGAUUUAUUUUCCUUCAUGGAGGCCUUUUUCCACCUUGCAUCCGGCUUGACCAUUGGAGUUAUGACCGUUGAUAGAUAUCUAUAUAUGAAAUCUAAACGUCAACGAUUUUCCAGGCUUAAAUAUGUUGCCCUGUUUUGUACUCUUCUAAUUAUAUCAGGAAUAAUUUCGAGUCUACAGCUUAUAGGAGUAGGCAACAGUCAAUUAUUUUACCCCGGAUCAUGGUGUUUUCUUGAUUUUACGAGCAGAUCUGUGGGUAAUAAAAUUAACGCUUUUAUAUAUUCUUUAACUGGGAUAAGCAUUAUGUUGGUGACUAUUGUCGUUGGAAUCAUAACCAUUUCAAUGACAUAUAAAAACUCUGAGCAUCAAGCAUUACUACUCGACAAUCAACUUGUGACUGGUAUAUAUGACAGUCACGUGACCAAGUUUCUUUUUAUCUCGAUAUUUACAUUCGUUCUCUUGUGGGGACCACUUUUGAUUGACAUUUUACUACACGCUGCAGACUUAACAACAAGCGACAAUGAAAAAGAACUAUGGCUUGUUCGAUUGAUGUACCUGAAUACCCAGAUAAAUCCUUGGCUUUACGUAAUUCUGCGCAGAGAGAGUUUGCGCAGGUUUUUCGUGUGUUGUUUGCGAUGCAGAAGACAGUGUUGCUCUGGAGAAAAAAAUAAUGAAGAAUAUGAUGAGGAGAUUCGUAACAUCGUUAGGAAUGAAGAUGAUGAUGAAGGUUUCAGCAGCUCUUAAUCCUCAAUCAAAUUUCUGUUUCUCCACUGUAACAGUAUUUAUGUGACUUUGACUCUCAUUUGAGCUGCCUGUAGUGUGAAACUUUAAAAAUAAGACUGAAUUAAUUUUAAAAUAAAAACAACAUUACCUAUAACAUGUAUAACAUAAGUGUGAUGAACUUUAAUUGGAAUUUUUCAUCAACACAGAUAAUAAAAAAAAAAAUGUAAUUUAUGAUUAUUACUAGAAACUUUUUUUUUUCAGCAAUGACAAAAUAUUUUUCAUAUAGUUGUACAUUGAUUUGUUAUCUCCCCAUGCAUUCCCAUAUCAUGAGCUUCUAGCAUUACAUUGUAAAUGCAGACAGAGAGAAAAGCUAGUUCGUACUAGGAAGUUAAGGUUAAACAAAAGGAUUCUACAUGAAAAGACCAAAUGAAAUAUAUUUUAAGGGUACUUACCACAAACAAAAAAUGGAUGCGCGGGUUGAUAUAUAUUUUUUGACUGAUUUUGAUUUGAAAUGACAUUAAUAAUAAAUCCCUGAAAUAUAAAGAAAUCGUAGGUUUUCCUUGGUGCUUAGAUAUGAGAUUUUGUUUUGCCUUCUAUAUAACUUCAUACAAAAUUUUGCACAAUUUUUUAACCUUAUGACAAAAUCUGAUAUAAUUCUCCCACUCUACUU